AUGGCCGCUGUGGAUGAGCCCACGAGCGCGGAAAUAGGGACGUUGACUGAUGCCAAAGUGAACGGUCUCCAUAGGCAGCUAAAGCCUCGUCACAUGCAAAUGAUCGCAAUAGGCGGUGUCAUUGGUACUGGAUUGUUUCUUGGGACUGGAAACAACUUGGCGAAUGGUGGCCCUGCAGGACUGUUGAUCGCAUACUGCCUCAUGGCCUCGCUGUUAUUCUCGGUUAUGGUUGCUUUGGGAGAGAUGGUGUCCAAGUUUCCCAUUCCUGGUGGCCAGUUUGCGCUGGCAAGCCGGUUCGUCGCACCUGAGCUGGGCUUUGCGAUGGGCUGGCUCUAUUGGUAUAACUAUAUUAUCGUUCUACCCGCCGAGAUUUCUGCAGCUGCUGUCAUCAUCUCAUACUGGACGCCUGCCGGCCAACCAGACUCGACCUGUACGACUGGAAUCUGCAACAACGCGUUGUGGGUUGGGCUUAUGCUCAUCGUGGUGUGGGCCAUCAACUUUGCAGGAACCCGUGUCUUUGGUGAACUCGAGUUUUGGUUUGCUUCUAUCAAAGUCAUCACCAUUUUGGGGUUGAUCAUUGCUGGCAUCGUCAUCACCUCUGGCGGUGGCCCGAACCACGAGUCAAUUGGUUUUCGAUAUUGGCAUGAGACGGGCGGGUUUGUUCAGUAUGCUGGCAUCCCCGGCGCAGAGGGACGGUUCUUGGGCUUCUUUAGCGUGCUGAUAAGCGCCGCGUUUGCCUUUAUUGGCACAGAAAUCACUGCCAUCGCUGCUGCGGAGACGGCAAACCCUCAACGCUCGGUUCCUCGCGCGAUCAAGGGUGUCUGGAUUCGUCUUUGCCUUUUCUACAUCAUCAGUGCUUUCAUGAUUGGUUUGCUUGUUUCUCCUACCGAUCCUUCACUAAACCUGUCCUCGACUGCCGCCAAGAGUCCUUUCGUCAUUGCCAUGAAGAAUGCCGGCAUAAGUGCCCUUCCAUCUGUGGUAAAUGCUGCCCUUCUCACCAGCGCGUGGUCUGCUGGGGUUGCCGACCUUUUUGUGUCGUCUCGCACAUUGUACGGCCUUUAUUCUCGUGGCCACGCCUUCAAAAUCCUCGGAAAGACCCGUCAAGAUGGCUUACCGUGGGUCGCCGUCGUUGUUGGCGCCGCCUUCUCUUUACUGUCGUUCAUGGCAGCUAGCAAGGGCAAAGCAGGAACUGCAUUCGGAUAUUUCGCGAAUAUGACGGCAAUCUGUGGUAUCAUUUCAUGGUCUGGAAUUCUUUGGACCAGCAUUCGUUGGCACAAGGGCCUGAAAGUCAACGGCUUCGACCGCAAGUCUCUACCCUAUCGUGCACCGCUUCAGCCUUACCUCAGCUAUUAUGGUCUGGCCGUGUGUGUUAUUGUCCUCAUUUUCGGUGGUUUUGGCUCGUUCAUCCACAAGUUCGACACGUCCUCGUUCAUCACCACGUACUUUCCAAUCCCGUUCUUUGCCGUGUUGCUCUUCGGCUACAAGUUCUUCCAAAGGAGCGAGAUGGUGAAGUAUGAGGAUUUUGACUUGGUCACUGGUGCAUCAGAAGACGUCAGCAAUAUAUUCGAGCACGAGACUCUUUGGCAGAAAAUCAGAGACAGCGCAUGA